AUGCAGUUGAAAGCCAUAACCGCCUUGGCGCUGCUCGUGGAGCAUGGCGUUGCCCAAGGGAUGAUGAGAUUUAGUUGCUCGCAGUUGGUCAUUGACCGCAUCGACCCUUUGGUCAACCCAGCCUCGAUCCCUUCACCCCAUCUCCACCAGAUCGUCGGAGGUAACUCGUUCAACGCUUCCAUGGACCCAGCUACACACGACCUUCCUUCUGAGUCCACCUGCACAAGCUGCACGUUUGCGGAAGAUUUCUCCAACUACUGGACUGCAGUCCUCUACUUCCAAGCCCGCAACGGAACCUUCAAACGCGUGAACCAGUUCGUGAGCCAGGGUCUUAAAGCCAACGGAGGCAUCACGGUCUACUAUAUCCCGCCAUAUGAUGGCAAGACCAAGGUCACGGCCUUCAAGCCAGGGUUCCGAAUGCUCGUCGGAGAUGCAGCUCUGCGAUCGAAGAGCAAGGACCCCAAGGUGUGCCACCGGUGCAUGCCAAAAACCGGAGACAACCCCAAUAUUGAGUGCUCGUCACCAGAUACACAGUCUUUGCCCAAGACUCCUUGCCCCGGUGGUAUCCGCACCGUGAUUACUUUCCCCACCUGCUGGGACGGCAAGAACACGGACAGCCCGGACCACGAGAGUCACGUCGCGUAUCCCGCCUCCGGAACAUUCGACAGCGGCGGUCCCUGUCCAGCAACCCACCCUGUCAAAAUCCCGCAGGUUAUGUAUGAGGUAAUGUGGGAUACACGACCCUUCAAUGAUGAAGCGCUAUGGCCUACGGACGGUUCGCAACCCUUUCGCUGGAGCAACAAUGACAAUACGGGGUACUCAAACCACGGAGAUUACGUGUUUGGCUGGAAGGGAGAUUCUCUUCAGCGUGCCCUCGACGCCAAGUGUCGCGGCGCAGUGUGCAGUCAGCUCAAGAUGCAAACGUCGCAAGAGGCAAUGAAAUGUACAAUACAGCAGAGUUUCCGGGAGGAUAUCGAUGGAUGGGUGGAGAAGAUCCCGGGGAUGGAUAUGGACCCCUAA